AUGUCAAAGAUACUAGAGAGGCUCUGCCACAUACUUGUUACACCCGCUGAUGGUUUCUCCGUACUAUGUAAGAUUCUCGAUGACAAAUUCAAAAACACGCGAGGGGCAACCAAUAGCACUUACGACGUCGUUAGACUCACCGCAUGGAAUGGCACUCUGCGCUCAAGACCUCGCGACAGCUACGCGAAGCAGCUUCGCACCCGGGUAGAGAUUAGACAUACACCGGGGGGCUCCAAUGUCAUUCAGGCCGAGGAAUACGACUACGGAUGCGUUGAUGACGGAGCCGAAGACAUCGACGAAGGGAGCGAGAAUGGGACUGAAGAUGCUUUGGGUCCGGAAGAUGGGGAAAGGAAAGGCGAUGACGAUCCUUGCACAGUUGGGUAA